UUUCUCAAUGCAGUGACAUAAAUAUCAUUCACAAUGGAUAUCCGCGGGGCUGUGGAUGCUGCGGUCCCCACCAACAUCAUCGCGGCCAAAGCUGCGGAGGUCCGGGCUAACCUGGUGAACUGGCAGUCCUACCUGCAGAGUCAGAUGAUUUCAGCUGAAGACUGUGAGUUUAUCAAAAAAUUUGAGGUUGCCAAUUCUGAAGAGAAACAGAUGAUAUUGUCUAAAGAGGGACAUCAGUGCGCCAAGACUUUCUUGAAUCUGAUGGCUCAUAUCUCAAAGGAGCAGACUGUUCAGUACAUCCUGACACUGAUAGACGACACUCUGCAGGAGAACCAUCAAAGGGUGAACAUUUUCUUUGAUUAUGCCAAAAAGACAAAGAACACCGCCUGGUCGUAUUUUCUGCCCAUGCUGAAUCGCCAAGACCUUUUCACUGUUCACAUGGCUGCCAGGAUCAUUGCAAAGCUGGCUGCUUGGGGCCGAGACCUGAUGGAGGGAAGUGAUCUGAACUACUACUUCAACUGGAUCAAAAGCCAACUCAGUUCCCAGAACCUACAUGGUACAGGUCCAGAAACAGGCACAGGAGCAGGGAUUAUCUCUCCCAGUGAAAGCUCUCAGUAUGUCCAGUGUGUAGCUGGCUGUCUGCAGCUGAUGCUAAGGGUGAAUGAGUACAGGUUUGCCUGGGUUGAAGCUGAUGGCGUUAACUGUAUCACGGCCGUACUGAGUAACAAAUGCGGGUUUCAGCUGCAGUAUCAGAUGAUUUUCUGUGUGUGGCUGCUGGCCUUCAGUCCUCAGCUCUGUGAACAGUUGAGGCGCUACAACGUGGUCCCAGCCCUGUCCGACAUCCUCCAGGAGUCUGUCAAAGAGAAGGUCACACGCAUCAUUCUGGCUGCAUUCAGGAAUCUUCUGGAGAAGUCUUCUGAGCGUGAGACCCGUCAGGAAUACGCUCUGGCCAUGAUCCAGUGUAAAGUCCUGAAGCAGCUGGAGAAUCUGGAGCAGCAGAAGUACGAUGAUGAGGACAUCACUGAAGACAUCAAGUUCCUCCUGGAGAGACUGGGAGAGAGCGUUCAGGACCUCAGCUCCUUUGACGAGUACAGCUCUGAACUCAAAUCUGGCCGUCUUGAGUGGAGCCCUGUGCACAAGUCUGAGAAAUUCUGGCGUGAAAAUGCGGUCCGGCUGAACGAGAAGAACUAUGAGCUCCUCAAGAUCCUGACCAGGCUGCUGGAGGUAUCUGAUGACCCUCAGGUCAUUGCUGUGGCAGCGCACGACGUCGGGGAGUAUGUGCGGCACUACCCACGCGGGAAACGAGUGAUUGAGCAGCUGGGAGGCAAACAGCUGGUGAUGAAUCAUAUGCACCAUGAGGAUCAGCUCGUCAGAUACAAUGCUCUGUUGGCUGUGCAGAAGCUUAUGGUCCACAACUGGGAGUACUUGGGCCGUCAGCUGCAGUCCACAGAUCAACAACAGGCUCCCGCUGUGGCUGCUAGGACGUAAAUUACGUGUUUGUCAUCAAGCAAUAUGUAUGUGAACUGAAGUGUGUUGUGUACAGUACUGUCACCAUUUCAAAACUCUUUGUUUACAUUCUCGUGUAGUCAUUCCUCUCCUUCUCCACGGCAAUGUCCACGGUGAUCUUCCCUUGACGAUGUAACUAUUUUUUGUGUUCUGUGCUAAAACAUGUGGUGAUUUUGAGUCGCGCUUUAAGUAUGUGAUGUGUAUAAAAUUGAGAGAUAUUUAACUGUAAAACACUGGUGAACUAAUAAUAAAGAUGUUAUCAUGUGA